UCCAGUCCUCCUUUCGAUCACUCUUUGCGGGCCCUAUUCACCGUGUAAACAGCCAGUCAAACAGGCUGGCGCCCACGCCGGCUUCGGGAAGCCGUGAGCGACUGCAAAAAGAGUCACGAGCUUGAGCAUGGCAAGGAUACAGAACAUCAGGGGCCUCAAGGCCUACAUACAAGACAUCCGCAACUGCAGCACCAAGGAGCAGGAGAAGGAGCGGGUGGACAAGGAGUUGGGCAAGAUCAGGAAGAAAUACACCUCGGAUAAGGCCAUGACGGCUUACGACAAGCGCAAAUACAUGUGGAAACUGCUGUACACGCGGCUGCUGGGCUACGAUGUCGACUUUGGAGUGAAGAAUGCCAGCGACCUCGUCGCUGCGUCCGGGUAUGCUGAGAAGCAAGUGGGCUACGUGGCCUGCUCUGUGUUUCUCAACGAGAAGGACGAGUUCCUGCGCCUGGUGAUCAACUCCGUGCGCAAUGACCUCAUCUCCCGCAACGAGGCCUUCCAGUGCCUCGCCCUCGACUUCAUUGCAAACGUGGGCGGCUCUGAGUUUUCGCAGCUGCUGACGGGGGACGUGAUGAAUGUGCUGGCCAAUGGCGCCACCCGCCCCGUGGUGCGCAAGAAGGCAGCGCUGUGCCUGCUGCGCCUGCUGCGCAAGGCACCGCCUGAUGCCGAGAUCAUGCAGCCCGAGGUGUGGGGCGUGCGGCUGGCCACCAUGCUGGAGGAGCGGGACAUGGGCGUGCUGCUGGGACUGUCCACACUGCUGCUGGGCGUGGCAUCGCGCAGCUACGAGGGCUACGAGGCGUGCGUGCCGCGCAUUGUGCGCAUCCUGGAGCGGUGCAAGCAGCGCGAUGUGUCGCAAGACUACACCUACUAUGGCUUGGCAUCAACCUGGCUGCAAGUCAAGUGCCUGCGCGUGCUGCAGUACUUUCCGCCACCCGAAGAGCCAGCCGUGCGGCGCAUGCUUGCUGACAUCGUGAAGCGCAUUUUGGGGGGCUCCGAGCCGGUCAAGAAUGUGAAUAAGAACAAUGCGGUGCAUGCAAUCGUGUUUGAGGCGGUGGCAGUGGCCAUCAGUCUGGAGGAGCCGGAGCUGAUGGCCAUGGGCGUGGCACUGCUGGCCAAGUUCCUGUCGGUUCGGGAGCCCAACCUCAAGUACCUGGCACUGGAGAACAUGGCACGCCUGGCCGAGGUGCCAGCCGUGGUGGACACAGUCAACCGCCACCAGAAGACCAUCCUGGCCUGCCUGCGUGAUGGCGAUGUGUCCAUCCGCCGCCGCGCCCUGGACCUGCUCUUCAUCAUGUGCACCCCCUCCAAUUCGGCCGAGAUUGUGGAUGAGCUGCUGUCUUACCUCACGCUGGCCGACUACAGCAUGCGAGAGGAGUUGGUGCUCAAGACGGCAGUGCUGGCUGAGCGCUUCCUGCCCUCUCUUGAGUGGUAUGUAGAUUCCAUGCUGACCCUGAUGGAGCGGGCUGGCGACUCGGCCAUCAAUGACCUCUGGCACAGCGUGGUGCAGCUGGUGACCAACAACCCUCAACUGCAUGUGUACGCCGCUCGGCGGUGUGCCGAGGCACUGCGGCGGGGUGCCUCAUACGAGGUCUUUGUCAAGUGCACCGGCUACAUUCUCGGUGAAUACGGGCCCAGGCUGGCGGCAGCGGGCGAGGUGCCGCUGCUGGAGCAGUUCAAGCUUCUGCAGGAGCGCUUUGUGGCAGCCAGCCCCGAGACCAAGGCGCUGCUGCUGACUGUGUAUGAGAAGUUUGCGGUGGCCGAGCCGGACAAUGCCGCCCUCAAGGUAGCAGUGGAUGCAGUACUGGAGCGGUAUGCCGCCACGCUGGACGCUGAACUGGCACAACGUGCAGUGGAGUAUCGAGGGCUCACCACAAGGCGUGCCGUGGCUGCCGCAGCGGUGCAGCCGCUGCCCAAGUGGGAGAAGCGCACCUCGCUGCUGCUGCGCCGCCUGGCGGAGAAGGAGGGCGAGGACACCGACGAGGCUCGGGAGCGGCCGGCCUGGAUGAACCUGCCAGACGGUGCCGAGGAUGAGGCAGCAGGAGGGGCCUCGGCGCCGCCGCCCUCGCUCGGCCUGCCCGGCACAGCGCCUGGCAUCGCCACAGCUGCAGCCAAUGAUGCAGCAGACCUGCUGGAUCUGCUAGACUUCAGUGAUACUCCUCCAAAGGCCAAUGGCACUGCAUCCCCAGGGGCAAUUGCAUCGCCGGCUGCAGAGCCAGGAGCCCAUGCAACUAUGGGUGUUGCGUUAGCUGCGGCAACAGCGCCCGCUACCGUCAUGGAUCUGCUGUCCUCGCUUGGCAGCCCAGGCUCAGCAGCGCCGCAGCAGCCUCCCGCAGCAGCUGCCAAUCCCUUCGCACCUGAGCUGUUGCCUGAAGUCGCGUCUCCGCCCGUGCCAGCACGCGCGGCACCAACCCCUCCGCCUGCUGCCGUUGUGCGCCCUGCAGCAGCUCCUGCUGCUGCGGCGGCCACCGUGAUGGUGGCAGCCGACGAUCCGUUUGGCGCUGAUGUCUUUGCGGCAGCGGCGGCAGGGCCGGCGCCCAUCCAGCCGGUUGGGGAUGUGGCUGCCUGGUUCCACAAGCUGUGCACUGCCAGCAGCGGCAUCCUGUACGAGGAUCAGUACAUGCAGGUUGGCAUCAAGUCUCAGGUGGCGGGGCCCACGGUGCAGCUGGUGCUGUUCCUUGGCAACAAGCACAGUGAAGCCCUGCAGCAGGUGGUGCUGGUGGCACCGCCCAGCCCCGCCUUUGCGUUCCAAAUGGGUCCUGUGCCGCAGCAGCUGGAGCCUAAGAAGCAGGUGCAAGUUUCACUGUCGGCGACGUGCUUGGCGCCCUUCCUGGCUACCCCGGCGGUGCAGCUGGGCUACUCGGUACCUGGCACAGGGCAGGUGCUGAGUCGCAGCCUGGACCUCCCGCUGGUGGCUACCAAGUUCUGCGCACCCCCACCAGUGGAGGUGCCGGCGCCGGUGUUUGCACAGCGCUGGCAGCAGGUGGCGGGGCCGCCCUUCAAGCUGACGGAGCGGCUGGGCGGCGCAGCGCCAGCCAAAGCCGCCGCCGAAGCGCUGCUGCCCGCACUGGGUUUCAGGGUGCUGCCGGCGAUGGACGGCGGCAGUGGCGAUGCGCUCUCGGCAGUGUGCGUGUUCCAGUGUGGCGGUGCGGGUGGCACGCAGUUGCGCCAGGUGCCCUGCAUGGUCAAGCUGGAGGGGCUGGGCACCCCUGCGGCCUCCCUGGCUGUCGCCACCGCCGAUGCCACGGGCACGAACGCUAUAAAGCAGGCCUUGAAGCUGGUUGUGACUUGAGCGCCUAGGAAUUGCGCCCAUUCUGCCAUGCACAAAACCUGCGGCGCCAACAUUAUGUAUGUCCGGUGUUUCUUUGUAGUCUGUUUGCGGCAGUGGAAUUGGUGAACAACCAUUCGCGGAAAUGGGCCUAGAGCCACAGGCGCGUCUGGAACCAAUCUAGUUAAUUCCCUCUUGCCAUUCCUAAUUUGGCGUGUCGAAUGUACCAUUUGGGACGUGAAGGCUCCGGCGCAGAGCCAAGGUAUUAAUAGCCACUUGAUGC